CUAAUAGUAGUAGUACCUUUUUCCUACACUAUAAAAUGUCAUAGCACAUUGCUUCUAUCUACAAUCAUUCAUUCAAUCAAUCAUUCCCUUUCUGAAAAUCAACAAUGACAACAAAUUUUAAGCCUCUAACACUUUGCUUAUGCCUUCAAGCUAUUUUUCUCAUAAUUUCAAUACCAACAACUCACUCUAGAACCACUUUCCUAGCAAAAGAUGAAAAACUAUCACUUAUACAAAACACUUGCAAAAAAACACCAAAUUACAAUAUUUGCCUUCAAUCUCUGAAGGCAAAUUCCGCUAGCUCUGUUUCUGAUGUAACAGGGCUAGCUCAAAUCAUGGUGAAAGUGAUGAAAGCGAAAGCAAAUGAUGGAUUAAAUAAGAUCCAUCAGCUACAAAAGUUGGGAAAUGGAGCUAGGAAAGCCUUGAAUUCUUGUGGUGACAAAUACAGAGCAAUUUUGGUAGCUGAUAUACCUCAAGCUAUUGAAGCUUUGGAGAAAGGGGACCCUAAAUUUGCAGAAGAUGGUGCUAAUGAUGCUGCUAAUGAAGCUACUUAUUGUGAGAAUGAGUUUAAUGGGAAAUCACCACUUACUAAACAGAACAAUGCUAUGCAUGAUGUUUCAGCUGUUACAGCAGCUAUGGUUAGACAAUUACUCUAAGCUAGCUACUAAUUAUGCUUAAUAGUAUUAUUAAUUAUGCAAAUGUCUUCUAAUUAUAUCUAAUAUUGUAACUAUAGUAUCUCCAAUGGGAGAGGUUAUAUAUCUUUUAAGCUUUGGUAUCAAUUAAGUAUCUUAGCUAUAUAAGUAUUGUAUCUCUUUUCUUUUAAGUGGAACUCAUGUAGUUAAAUUUAUAGUAUUUGAAAAGGAAUUAAUAAAAAUGACUUUAUAAAUAAA